AUCGGUUUAAGUAAAAGCCUCGCGCAGUAUUAAACUAAUACCCAAUAUAAUGUAGUGAAUUUAAUAUCAUUCAUAUAUAAUUGUAUAUAUUUAUAUAUUUUUGGUGGUGUUAAGUAUAAAAUAAUUCAGCAAAGACACUUUUUUAACUCAUAAAAUAAUAAAAAUAUCGCGGAAUCAGCUCGAGACAUUGACACUGAUUAUCUGGUUAGCAAAAAAAAAAAAUGAAAGCUCUUAAAAUAUUUGUUAUCUAAUUUAAUUGCCUGAUAAAUUAUUAUAAUUUAAAAAGUUUAAGUGUUAAACUUAUGAAACAACACAAUGAAUAUUUUAAAAAUCCAAUUGUUAUAUUUUAUAGGUGAUAUAAAAAUGACGGUCUCGGUACACGUGUAAACUGAUACAAUAAAAAAAGUGAAUGGUGUGUGGGUCCAGUACUAGUAUUAGUAUCAGUCUUGAUGUUGAUGUUGAUGUUGGUGUUGGUAAGAGCAAUUAAUUGUCCAUCGUUUGUGUAUUAGAUGUAAUGUACUGAGAGCAGACCCGAGCUGGUAAUGUAUUAAUGUGAAGAGAGGAUAAUGUCGCUGUGGUUGGUUCAGACUCGGAGAUAAUAUAAAUUUACUUGGGGGACUGGCGAUGCUGAUGGUGAGACAACUCAUCCAGCUUAAUGUAAUUGUUGUGCCGGAUUUUUAGUACUACUCAAUCAACUGUUGGCCCAACAAUACCCAUCACCUAGAACCUAUCAUAGAUACAUAGAUAUUUUAGAUUUAUUUUACUGAUACUGGUACUAGGACUAGGACUAGAACUAGGACGGUUUUAAUUUAUUAAAUUUAAAUUUGGUGAUUUAUUUAUUUGGUAAGAAAAAUUAAAAUGCUGAAGGGUUACACGCCGGUUACACAGGCCCUGCUGGGCACACUAUUCACAUGGGGAUUGACUGCUGCUGGUGCUGCUGUUGUUGUCGUCAUUCAAGGCAAACAGAGAAAACUGCUGGACAUCAGUCUGGGAUUUGCUGCGGGCGUGAUGUUGGCCGCCAGUUUCUGGUCUCUGUUAGCGCCGGCGAUCGAAAUGGCCGAGGAGAGUAAACUUUACGGUGAAAAUGGUGAAUUUGCGUUUUUGCCAGUCGCCGUUGGAUUUUUAAUCGGCGCAGCGUUUGUUUACGGAACCGAUGUGUUGAUAACAUCUCUAGGAAUUCAGUCCCCAAAUGUGCUAUUAGCAAUGCAGUCAGUCGGUUUUUAUGAGCAGAACACCAGGCGACGAAUGCCUGGCUCCGUAUCCCGAAAUUCAGAGGUCGGCGAGCAAGGUUGCGUGUACGAAGACCCUGGUAUUGAGGCAAAAAACAAUCAGUGGCGGCGAAUUGUUCUACUGGUCGUCGCUAUUACGGUCCAUAAUAUCCCGGAAGGCCUCGCAGUUGGCGUCGGCUUCGCUGCCGUAGGCAGCAGCGCAUCAGCGACGUUCGAAAAUGCUCGAAACCUCGCCAUCGGAAUAGGGAUACAAAAUUUUCCAGAAGGCCUUGCAGUAUCAUUACCCUUGCAAGCCGCUGGCUUCAGUACCCUCAAGAGCUUCUGGUACGGACAGCUAUCGGGGAUGGUCGAACCAAUUGCUGGAUUACUUGGUGCUGCCUGUGUAUCCCUCGCGAGCCCGGUGCUUCCUUAUGCACUGGCAUUUGCCGCAGGCGCCAUGAUUUAUGUCGUCGUAGACGACAUCAUCCCGGAAGCACAUCAGAGUGGCAACGGGAAAUUGGCCAGCUGGGGCGCCAUGGUUGGCUUCCUAAUCAUGAUGGCCCUCGACGUAGGACUUGGUUAAUUAUUUAGUAAUUGUUCUCCGGCAGAAUCCGAGGACAGUAUUCAUUUUUACAAGCUAGACAUAAUUAAUAAAAAUAAAUAAACACAGUUAUCAUAAAUAAUGCAGCUCUUUGCUCAAAGCAGGCUCCGUUAGCUUCAAGGAUCGACUUUACUUUAUAAUAAUAAUUAUCGUCCCUGUUUUUUAUUUAACGUCAAAGCAUCAGUCAAUUAAAUAAACGGAAAAUAGUUUAAUUAAAUUAAAUAUUUACAAUUAACGGGUCUACGUAAUUUAACCGGAAUUAAUAAUUAAUUAAUAACUAAUGGCAUUUAUCGCUCACUAGCUUUUAUCGAUCUCUCGUCAUCUAGUAAAUUUAUAACCGAUUUAUAAACAACUCGAUAACUUUAUAUAUAUAUAUAUAUAUAUAUAUAUAUGACAACUUUAUAAACAGAGUCAAUAAAUAUGAUCUUGUGGCAUUGAUAUAUAUGUUAAGUAGCUGCGAAUUUUAUAAUAACAUAUAAAUUUAUAUUUAUUUAAUUACUAUUACGUUAAUUGGCUGAUGUUACUAUCAGAAUUUUAAUUAUUUUUUUUUUUUCCUUUAACUUUUAUCAGGAUAAUUUAUUUUUAACUUUUUUUUUUUUUAUAUUUAUAGAGAUAAGCGUAAGUACGUAUAUUAUGAAAAUAAUUACAUAUUACAAUUUCUUUUUUUUUUCAACUUCUCGCGAAGAAGAUAACAUUUUUUUUUGUAACUUCCUGCGACGAAGCAUAGAAUUUUUUUUUAAACUUCCCGUGAAGACAAUAGAAGUUUUUAUUGCUCUUUAAAAUUCCCGCGUGGAAAAUAGAUUUUUUUUAUCAAACUUCCCGCGAAGAAAAUAGAAGAUUUUAUUUCUCUUUGAAAUUCCCGCGAAGAAAUUAGAAUUUUUUUUUUAAACUUCCCGCGAAGAAAAUAGAAAUUUUUAUUUCUUUUUAAACUUCCCGCGAAAAAAAUACGAAUUUUUUUUUUAAACUUCUCGCGAAGAAAAUAGAAAUUUCAAUUUUUUUUAAACUUCCCGCGAAGAAAAGAGGAGUUUUUAUUUCUCUUUAAAAUUCCCACGAAGAAAAUAGAAUUUUUUUUUUAAACUUCCCGCGAAGAAAAUAGAAGUUUUUUUUAAAUUUCCCGCGAAGAAAAUAGUAGUUUUAAUUUGUUUUUAAACUUCCCGCGAAAAAAAUACAAAUUUUUUUUUUGAAUGUCCCGUGAAAUAAAUAGACUUUUUUUAAACUUCCCGCGAAGACAAAUACGAUUUUUUUCUUUAACGUCUCGUGAAGUAAAUAGACUUUUUUUUUAACUUCCCGUGAAGAAAAUAGAAAUUUUAAUUUCUUUUUAAACUUCUCGUGAAGAAAAUAGAUUUUUUUUUUUUUGUGAUUGUAAAAUAUUUAUGAAAAAUGAGUAUGUUGCACAUCUUGUAAAUAACACAUUUAUAUUUUCAUACUUGAUGUGUCUAAAAUAAUAAAAAUUAAAUGUAAAUACUGUUAAUUAAUUAGGGAGAGGAAUUGAAUCGAUGGUAUGUUAAAAACAAAAAUAAUAAAAUGCUGAUAGGCCAGUGAUGAAGGAAUUUUAAAACGGUUUAUAUUAAACUAAAUGCCUCAAUCAGGAAAUUUCUGUCAAACGAAGGCUCUGUAGGAAAAAAAAAUUAAAUUAAUUGUAAGAUUAGAUAAUUAAAAAAAGAUAUUAAGGUGCAGGGCACAGGAAUAUUAGAAAAAUUAAAAAUAAAAUAGGUCUUUUAUGUCGAAGGAUGUCGAGUCCACAUUUCUCCCGUCAUUGUCGAGGAAACCGAAGACUAAUAGUUUUCUCAUGAGUUAACUAUUUAUGGUUUUCAUGGAAAAGCUAAAAAUACUCUUCGUUUUUCAUUUUCUCUGUUUUGUAAAGUCUAUAGAUUAUUAUUAUAAAUGGAAUGAAUGGAUAAUUAAUAAUGUUUCUAAAUAAAUAACAAUUUGUGUUACGAAAAAAAUUACUGAUAUGUAAUCAGACUUUAUGUAAUUUCGUAACAUUUAUACGUGAUUCCUUUGAUUUAAAAAAUAAAUAUUUUAA